GGUUCGAGUACACUUUGUUCCCCGUCGCGGUAGGGCGACCAGCGGUGCAGAACUUGCUGCGCUACGGUCUUCAACGCGCUGCGAGUAUCCGAACGUGAGCGGGGCAACGACCGCUGCCGUCCUCAACCGUCAGAACUGUCAGCGGCGCAUGGUUUUGUUUGUGAUUGAAAUUUUUCGCGGCGUUUCAUAGGCGGGCGUUUAACAUGUAAAUUGUGUAAAUUUUGUUAAGUUUAUAGUUGGAUAAGCUGGAAGAUUGUAGUACGAGUGCUUUAUACAAAUUUGUAAAUAUAUAUAGGUGCGAAAUGGCUCAGUUGAAAGAACUAAAAGCCAAUCGUGGCUACUUCAAAGGCGCCAUCAGUCGCAUUGAAACAUUUUGCACCUCGGAUGAUUUUUCAACAUCAUCAGUUGAAGUGCUCACUCAAAAAAAAGAGAGAUUAAUUAAGGCCUUCGGCGACUACGAGUCUUGUAAUCGGGCUAUCUUAGCUACAGAGCCAGACGAUAGCGAAUCUUACGAAGCAUACGAGAUUAAGUAUGAUUUAUGCCUAGCGAUGAUUAAUACGCGUUUAAAACCUGUGACACAGACUAUUAGCUAUGGCACUGCAUCUUCCGAGCUAGAAUCAGAAAAAAGAGCAAUCGCAUUGGAAGCCACAACAACAGAGGAGCCUAAGAAGCCGUUGAGAUCUGCUGUGAGUGCAGCAGCUGCUACUGGAGUUUCAUGCGUUCCAGUAUGUGUGCCGACAGCUCACACCUGUGGGUCCGUAUUUGGUGAAGACAAGAUUUGGUCAUAUAGUGGGCGGGAGGCUGCCCUUCCCUGCAGGCAAGAAGUCGAUAAGUAACUAUUGUGUUACAUCUAAAGGUAAUCCUUUUGAUUUUAAUGUAGUGGAGGAUGAUUUACAACCACCCUUCCCAUGUGUCAAACAAGGUGAUGAUUCUCAACCUUCUGAAAACAUUGUUGAUAUAAUGUCUAAGUUUUGGGAGUGUGAAAAGGUACCUGAUAUUAUUAAGGAAACAGGUACAGAGGCUGAGCAGGCUGAACAGAUUUUUCAAGAGUCUGUCCAAUUAGAAGAUGAAAGAUUCACAGUAGCCUUGCCUGUGA